AGCCCGAUAGCUAGCGUUCGGAAAUACGUUCGUUUGCAAUAAAACGCGAGCACUUCAUUGGAUUCCAUACACUGUUACGAAAACGUUUUUUGUGCUGCUAGCUAGAUUAGCGGCUCUCAGUAUUUGUGCUUGCAAAUACCCAUUUGACAGAUGCAAUGCAUUCACUUGCACAGGAAAUUCAAGGAUUUUCGAAAACAAAACUGAAAAAGCAAAGCACUGUUGUGACAACUGUGCUCGGGCGACGGCACAUAGAAACAAUGGACGACUCCAAUGUGCACGAAAAUGAGGAUCCAGGGAUGUCAGGCUGUGGAUUUGUUCAAGAUACCAGUUUGGAUCUUCAUGUUGGCAUUAUCAAGCCAUUUCUACUGCUCUCAUCCCAAGACGCAGCCCAAGAUAUAGAAACUUUGAUGAAAUUUAAGGUUUCACAUAUAUUGAAUGUUGCCUAUGGUGUUAAAAAUAACUUCCCAGAUCUAUUCAGUUAUAAAACAGUGACCAUUCUGGAUAUUCCGGAAACAGACAUCACCUCAUAUCUCCAAGAAUGUUCACAGUUCAUAGAUCAAGCCAAAACUGAGAGUGGGGUUGUCCUGGUUCAUUGCAAUGCUGGAGUCUCCCGUGCUGCCUCAGUAUUAAUUGGGUACCUCAUGUACAGAGAAGGUUUGGGGUUUGAUGAAGCAUUUGCCGUUGUGAAGGAAGCAAGACCCUCUAUCCGUCCCAAUCCAGGAUUUCAUGAACAACUGAAGAAUUACAAGCCAUAGACAACUAACACAAUGUAAAUGCAAAACAAGAAAUAUCAAUGCACUGUCUUAUGUAGGCCGAACAUCCUGAACAUGCAAGACACUAAUAAUAAAAUCCAAAUCAUUACAAACCAAAGGCAAAUAUGUUUGUUAUGAAGCCAAUGGAACAGAGGGGUAUACUACAAAGCAGGAGCAAGUUAGCCAGCUAACUUACCUAAAUAUUCAUUCAUAACUUUACAUUUUUUAGAAAGAUAAGCUUGAAAUAGGAAUGAUCUAGUUGACUCAACAACUCCAAAAAAUGUAAGUUUAGCAUUGUUAAUCAAAGAAAGCUCGCUAACUCAUUGAUCCUGCUUUGUAGUAUACCCCGCUGAUGGACAACAUUGAAACAUUUAUUCAGUGUAUUGAUAAGCAUUCUCCUUCGAUAUAGUGUAAAACUUCCUGUGGUUUUAGUUUUUGCCCUGAUAUUUUGAAUUAUAUUCAACCAGCAGAAAAUUAAUGGCGGAGGUACGCUAAACCAAUGUGAACUUUAAUGCCUUUUCCUAACCCUUACCUUAACCUCUCUCAUUCCUAAACAUAACUUUAAUUAAUUUCGAACCACUAAGGCUAAUCUUUUCUUCUACUAAACUUUAUUGAUCUCCGGAGGGGAAAUUGGAUUCAUCACUAGCAUAAGAUUUUAUACAGGGACAAUAGACACAUUGUCAGACUGACUGUCCGCUAUGUCUGACAUCAAAAUUAAUGGGAAGUUCUGGCAUUGAUGACAAUUUAUGUUUACUGGCCUGAUUCAAACACAAAUGUUGAAAAAUGUAUUCUCUCCUAAUAUAGAAUAUUGGUUGCAUUCUAUAUGCUGUCAACUGUCAGUAUACAGGAGUAUUUUUUUUGUUGUUCAACGAGGCCAUGAAUUAUAUUGUAUUUCUUUACUUAACUAGGCAAGUCAGUUAAGAACAAAUUCUUAUUUACAAUGACGACCUACCCCGGCCAAACCAGGACGACGCUGGGCAAAUUGUGCACCGACCUAUGGGACUCCCAAUCACGGCCCUUUGUGAUACUGAGAUGGGAGUCCCAUAGGGCGGGAGUCCCCCUAUGAAGAAAGCAACCUUUCAUCGUUAACUGUAUCUGAGUGCUGCCUUGCAUCGAAAUUGUCAAUACAGCUACAGCCUACGUUUUCCCUGA